AUGGAGGAGUCCGAGGCUAGCAGCGCGGUCUCUGCAGCUGCAGCUGCAGCAGCAGCAGCAGGAGCAGCAACUCCUGCUGCCUCUCUUAUCUCUCCUUCUACUCUUUCUGAUGCCAAUUCUGUUGCUGCUGAUGCUGGAGCAGACGCAGCAGAAGCAGCAGCAGCUGAUGGGUCUCCCCAAACAACCUCGAGCCUUUCAAAGAGUCAGCACUCCCGUUCCAGGCAGCAGCAGCGGCAGCAGCAGCGGCAGCAGCAGCGGCAGCAGCAGCAGCAGCAGCAGGUGACGCGUCUAGGCGCCCUCCGGGGCACCCGCUUGAGCAGCAACGUCGGCAGCAGACGCACCUGCAGCAACUGCAGCAACAGCACAAGCAGCAGCUUGCAGUCCGCCCAGCUGGAACUACACGGAGUAGACGUUGCUGCUGUAGCUGGCAGCAUCGUGAACCGCCUUGCCCUUACAAUGCAGCAGGCUCCCCGUGGCCUUGCUGCUGCAGCAGCAGAUCCUGCUGCAUGUUUCCCUGUUGUAGCUGCCACUACUGCAGCGCCUGCUGCUGCUGCUGCUGAUGAAGACGCCAGUGAUACUGCUGCCGCUGCUGCUGCGGACCCCUUCAGAUACGAUAUAACAGCAAACAGAAGGAAGCACAAGCAGCAGCUGGAGAGGCAGGAGCAGCAGCUAACGCUGCUGCAACAGCAGCAGGAGCAGCAGCAACACCAGCUUUUACUACUUCAGAAGCAAAAGCAGCAGCUGUCUCUGUGGCAGCAGCAGCAGCAGAGGCAGCUGUCACUUCUGCAGCAGCAGCACCAACAGGCACAGCAGAAAGUGCAGCAGCAGAUUCAGCAGCAAGUCCACCAGCAAAUGCAGCAGCAGCAGCAAAUGCAGCAGCAGCAGCAGCAACAAAGGCAGCAGCAGCUACAGCAGCCCAGCAACGAGCUCUCUGGGCCUUCGCGCACUCUUGCCGCUCAUCGUCUGAGCAGCGGGAGCAACGGGAGCCGCAGCAGCAGCAGCAGCAACUGCAGCAGCACCAGCAGCAUUUUCAGCUAUGCCAAGGAAGCAGCAGCAGCAGCAAUCCCAGUCUACCCCUCAGCAGCACUUCGCAGCCGCCGCUGCGUUGGCAUUCCCCCUACCCCGCCUGCGCGGCGUUUGCCUGCUGCUGCAGCUGCUGGCUUUUACGGCCAGCAGCACGAGAAGCAGCAGCUGCUGCAGCAGCGAACGAGGCAGCUGUUGCAGCAGCAGCAGCAGCAAAUAAAACAGCAGCGUGCGAACCUGCAAAAGCAGCAGGAGCACCUGCAGCUGCUUCUGGCUCACAAGCAACAGCUCCUGCUGCAGUGCCAACAAGAACGUGAGCAGCAGCAGCAACAGCAGCACCACCAGGAGCUGCAGCAGCGGGUGCAGCAAGAGCUCAACAAACAAAAUAUGCAGCAGCACCAACAGCAAUAUCAGCAGCAGCAGCAGCAGCAGAAAAACUUAUGCGGAGGCGCCCAUGGAUGUCUUCCAGGUGGUCCUGCGCGUCAGUUGCAGCAGCUUGCUGAUCCAUACCCGCAGCAGCAGCAGGUUAAAGAAGAAGUCCAGCAGCAGCAGCAGCAGCUGCUGCUGUUGCAGCAGCAUCUUGCGGCAGCAUCUUCUAAUGUAGGCAAAGGGAUGCAGCAGCAGCAUUACGAGCAGCAGAAGGGACAAAAAGAGCUGCAGCAGGAGCUGCUGCGCAGCGGCAGCAGCACCACUUCAACAGCAACAAGUGCAAUUCGAGGCGACAGUUUCUUGGGCUCUGUGUCUUCUGUGCUGAUGCCUAAACUCGACUUACCUGCAAAGCAGCAGCAGCAACAGCAGCAACAGCAAAUGCAGCAGCAGCAGCAGCAACAGCAAAUGCAGCAGCAGCAGCGGCAGCAGGAAUUUCAGCAGACAAUUAGGGAGCAGCAGCACACGCAUGCGCAAACGGACAAGGAGACUCAGACCUGGCAGCAGCAAGCGCAGCAACCACAGCUUCUGCAGGGGCCGCAGCAGCUGCUGCAGCAGCCCCAGCAGGAGCAGCAGCUGCCCCUCUACAAGCAGCAGCGCAUGCUGCAGGAGCUGCAGUCGCGGAUGCAGUACGACGCCUGUGAGCAGAUGCUGCAGCAGCUUCAGCAGCAGCAGCAGCGCCAGGAGCAGAGCGAGCUGCAGGGGCAGCAGCAAGCUGCUGCCCGCUUUAGAAGCCAAACGCCCACCCCCACAAGCAAGAGCAGCAGCAGCAGCAGCAGCAGCAUGAAGCAGCAAGCGCUUGUUUACGGUGCAGCCAGAAGAAGAUCCGCCACGCCAGGGCUAUUCCCAGCCACAAUUUUACCUGCUGCUGGGCCACAGCAGCAGCAGCAGCAGCAGCAGCAGCACCGUCGCCCGAUGGCGCAGCAGGCGGCCCACGGUGCGAGCCCUGCUGCUGCAGCAGCAAACCAGCACCCCGUGUUGCUGCCAGACGGGAGGCUCGUGGUGCAGUCGGAAGCAAAAGCCCAGGUUUUGGAUGUCGCUUCUGCUGCUGCAGUGGCGCGGAGUACGGGGAGCCCAACAGCAGCAGCAGCUGCAGCAGCAGCAGCAAAGCCUCACCCUGUGCAGCUGACUCGCCUGCGGCCUUACUUAGUCCCAGUCGAUAUUUAUGUUCCUAAACUGGUUCAUGUCCCUUUACACGUGGUGCAGCAGCACGUGGAAUAUGCUGCAGCAGACGCAGCAGGCGCUGCUGCUGCACCUGCUGGGGCGCAGCAGCAGCAGCGGCACAGCUUCGAGCAGCAGCAGCUGGAGGCGUUCAACAAAAUGCAGCACCAGCACUUCGAGGUGAUGAUGCAGCGGGCGAGGCAGCAGGCAGCAAUCUGCGGCGCCCAAACGCUGCCUUUGCAGCAGCUGCUGCAGCACCAACAGCAGCAACUGCAACAACUGCUGCAGCAGCAGCAACUGCAGCAGCAGCCAAAGCAGCAAGCUGUCUUCCGCUAG